CACGUUCAAAGCUGGCACGGCAUUGGAAGAUUUCCCAUUCACAGUCACAAACUCUGUGAUUGAAAGUACUAUUACAUUCUUACUUAAUUUCCAUAAUGAAAUGAAAUUUUUUUUCCAAUUUUAGUUUACAGAAUCUGACCGCCUGUAAUAUAAUCAUAGUAAUUAUUGGCGUUAAAAGACAAGGUACUGUAUAUGUUUUGUCUUAUAAAAUCCGGAGUUGAGAGAAUUUUGACUUUUUAAAACAUAAAUAAAAAGAAAGAAAGCAUGGCGGGUCAUGGAGAUCAGCCACUGGAGAAAAACAGUUUUGAAGUUACUGGAGUGGAGGAAGAGGAAGAGAAUGAUGCACCAAUUGAGCAAGUGAGGAUGACAGUAUCAACCAAAGAUGACCCGACUCAACCCGUUUUGACAUUCCGGACCUGGGUUUUGGGGAUUGCUGCAUGCGUAACCCUGGCUUUUGUGAAUGUAUUUUUCCAAUAUCGAACCAACCAGUUGUCUGUUGGAGCAGUGGCAGCACAAAUUGUAACUCUUCCAUUAGGAAGGCUAAUGGCUGCAACUCUGCCCGACAAAAACAUUGGGAUCCCUGGCACCAAAUGGUCAUUCUCUCUGAAUCCAGGGCCUUUCAGUCUCAAAGAGCAUGUUUUGAUCACCAUUUUUGCCAAUUGUGGUGCUAAUGGUGUUUAUGGUUUGCAUAUCGUCGCGAGCGUCAAGGUCUUCUACAAAAGAGCAUUGAAUCCUGUGGCUGCUUUUCUUCUGUCACAAACUACAAUGUUUCUUGGGUAUGGUUGGGCUGGAAUGUGGAGAAAAGUACUGGUUGAUUCCCCUUAUAUGUGGUGGCCUGAAAACCUUGUCCAGGUUUCAUUGUACAGAACAUUGCAUGAGAAGGAUAGGAGGCCCAAAGGGGGACUAACAAGGCUUCAGUUCUUCUUGAUAUUGUUCAUCACAAGUUUCGCCUACUACGCCGUCCCUGGAUACCUUUUCCCUACAAUAUCCUGCGUUUCUAUUGUCUGUUUCAUCUGGAAAAAGUCAGUACUAGCUCAACAAAUAGGUUCAGGGAGUUCUGGUUUGGGAAUCGGGUCAUUCGCCCUGGAUUGGAACACUGUGGUUGCCUUCUUGGGCAAUCCCAUAUCAACUCCAGCCUUUGCCAUCAUCAAUAUUAUGGUGGGAUUCGUCCUGAUUGUCUAUGUUAUUAUCCCAGUCGCAUAUUUCACUAAUGUCUACGAAGCAAAGAAAUUCCCCUUCUCUUCGAAAAAUACAUUUGAUUCAGAUGGUCGAAAGUACAACAUCUCUCGGGUUCUUAAUGAGGAAACUUUCCGGUUUGACAACGAGGGAUAUUCCAACUACAGCAAACUUUACUUGAGCAUACUAUUUGCCAUGAGCUACGGCUUGAGCUUUGCGACUUUAACUGCUACAAUCAGCCAUGUUGCCCUCUACUAUUCAGGGACAAUAUGGGACCUGACAAUGAAGACAGCAACCACAUUGAAAGGUAGGAUGGGAGAUAUUCACACCAGACUGAUGAAAAAGAACUACAAGGCAAUCCCUGAGUGGUGGUUUUACGUCUUGUUGAUCAUUGUGUUUUGUCUUUCUCUCUUCGCCUGCGAAGGAUUCGGAAAGCAACUCCAGCUUCCCUGGUGGGGGCUUGCACUAGCAACCCUGUUGGCCUUCUUUUUUACUCUGCCUAUUGGCCUAAUUCAAGCCACAACAAAUCAGCAACCUGGGCUCAACGUGAUCACGGAGAUGAUCAUCGGGUACUUGUACCCAGGCAGGCCUUUAGCAAAUGUUGCUUUCAAGACAUAUGGUUACAUUAGCAUGACUCAGGCCAUGUUGUUCUUAAGUGAUUUCAAAAUCGGUCACUACAUGAAAAUCCCUCCUAGAUCCAUGUUCUUAGUCCAGGUCAUUGGAACAUUAGUCUCCACUACGGUCCAAUUUGGGACGUCUUGGUGGCUACUAACAUCGAUUCCCAAUAUUUGUGAUCCUAAACUAUUAGCAGAGGGAAGUCCAUGGACUUGUCCAGGUGAUACAGUGUUUUACCAAGCUUCAGUGAUAUGGGGAGUGAUUGGUCCCCAAAAGAUGUUCACUAAAGAAGGUGUAUAUCCACAGCUGAACUACUUCUUUCUUCUCGGGGCAGUGGCUCCGAUUCCCUUUUGGCUUCUGUCGCGAAAAUACCCCGAAAAGAAAUGGCUGGCGCUGAUCAACAUGCCCAUUUUGCUUGGAGCAACAUCAAACAUGCCACCAGCAAGAUCAAUAGACUUCAUCAUGUAUGGAUCAGUUGGGAUUUUCUUCAAUGUCUACAUUUACAGGAAAUACAGGGUUUGGUGGGGGAAACAUGCUUAUAUCUUCGCCGCGGCGAUGAACGCCGGGAUUGCAUUCAUGGGAAUCCUGUUGUAUGUCGCUCUGCAAUACAAAGAGAUUGGUAUCGAUUGGUGGGGUAAUGGUAGUGAACAUUGUGAUUUGGCUACUUGCCCUACCUUGCCUGGAGUUGAAGUUGAGGGUUGUCCUGCUUUCUGAUGAUCAUCUUUGUCUCUUUUAUGACCCGGAAAAAAAAAAAAAAACCAGAAAAUUUGCAUUGGAUUGGUGUCUGCAUUUUAUUUGUAGUAAGUAAAUUAGUUAAACUUUGUUAUGUUUUAUUUUUUUUAAUUAAUUCCGGUGAAGAAUUAACUAAUGAAAGGUUUCUAUCUUCUGUUCUUUUUGAA